CUUUUCUCAUCUGCUCACCCUCUCUGUUUCUCCCUCCCUGGCUCUCUCCCCCUCUCUCCUGUUCUCCAGGGCCCUCUCCAUGGAUAUAGACACUGACUGUGAGCGGCCCAAUGUGGAAACCAUUAAAUGUGUGGUGGUUGGGGACAAUGCAGUAGGCAAGACCAGGCUAAUCUGUGCCCGGGCCUGCAAUGCCACCCUCACACAGUAUCAGCUGCUUGCCACCCACGUGCCAACAGUCUGGGCCAUCGACCAGUACCGAGUAUGCCAGGAGGUGUUAGAAAGAUCACGUGAUGUAGUGGACGAGGUCAGUGUGUCCCUGAGGUUAUGGGACACAUUUGGGGAUCAUCACAAAGACAGACGAUUUGCCUAUGGCAGGUGAGCACACACACACAGACACACACACACACUCCUACCCAAUAAGAGACUGUGCGAGCCCAAACCUACUUAGUGACCUAAUAACACAGUUGCA